GCGAGUCGGAGUCGGAGUCGGAGUCGGAGUCGGAGUCGGAGUCCGAGUCCCGCCGAGCCUCCCGCUCCCGGGCCGCGGGGACAUGGGGCCGGGCCGCGCUCUGCUGCCGCUGCUGCUCGCCUGCUGGGCCGCCGCUCAGGACGCGCCGGGGAGCGCGCGGGCCGUGGCCUUCCAGGACUGCCCCGUGGACCUCUUCUUCGUGCUGGACACCUCCGAGAGCGUGGCCCUGAGGCUGAAGCCCUAUGGGGCCCUGGUGGACAAGGUCAAGGCGUUCACCAAGCGCUUCAUCGACAACCUGAGGGACAGGUACUACCGGUGUGACCGCAACUUGGUGUGGAACGCGGGCGCCCUGCACUACAGCGACGAGGUGGAGAUCAUUAGCCCGCUGACGCCCAUGCCCGCCGACCGCGACGCCCUCAAGGCCAAGGUGGACGCCGUCAAGUACUUCGGCAAGGGCACCUACACGGACUGCGCCAUCAAGAAGGGGCUGGAGGAGCUGCUCGUGGGGGGCUCCCACCUCAAGGAGAACAAGUACCUGAUAGUGGUGACGGACGGGCACCCCCUGGAGGGCUACAAGGAGCCGUGCGGCGGCCUGGAGGACGCCGUGAACGAGGCCAAGCACCUGGGCGUCAAGGUCUUCUCCGUGGCCAUCACGCCCGACCACCUGGAGCCGCGCCUGAGCAUCAUCGCCACGGACCACACGUACCGGCGCAACUUCACGGCGGCCGACUGGGGGCAGAGCCGGGACGCCGAGGAGAUCAUCACCCAGACCAUCGACACCAUCGUGGACAUGAUCAAAAACAACGUGGAGCAAGUGUGCUGCUCCUUCGAAUGCCAGCCCGCCAGAGGACCUCCCGGGCCACGGGGCGACCCCGGGUAUGAGGGAGAACGUGGGAAGCCGGGCCUCCCAGGAGAGAAAGGAGAAGCCGGGGAGCCCGGAAGGCCCGGGGACCUCGGACCCAUCGGCUACCAGGGGAUGAAGGGAGAGAAAGGGAGCCGAGGGGAGAAGGGCUCCAGGGGGUCCAAGGGCUACAAGGGCGAGAAGGGCAAGCGAGGCAUCGAUGGUGUGGACGGCAUGAAGGGGGAGAUGGGCUACCCCGGCCUGCCAGGCUGCAAGGGCUCGCCCGGAUUCGACGGAGCUCAAGGACCCCCCGGGCCCAAGGGUGACGCAGGUGCCUUCGGACGGAAAGGAGAGAAGGGUGCCCCUGGAGCUGAUGGGGAGCCCGGAAGGCCGGGGAACACGGGGCCACCGGGAGAUGAGGGCGAGCCGGGGCUGCCUGGUCCCCCCGGAGAGAAGGGAGAAGCCGGCGACGAGGGAAACCCCGGACCGGACGGUGCCCCCGGAGAGAGGGGCGGCCCUGGGGAAAGAGGACCACGGGGGACCCCAGGCGUGCGGGGCCCACGGGGAGACCCGGGCGAAGCUGGACCCCAAGGUGACCAGGGACGAGAAGGCCCCGUCGGCAUCCCCGGAGACCCGGGCGAGGCUGGCCCCGCUGGACCUAAAGGUUACCGAGGUGACGAGGGGCCCCCGGGGCCUGAGGGUUCCAGAGGAGCUCCUGGGCCCGCGGGGCCCCCCGGAGACCCCGGGCUGAUGGGUGAAAGGGGCGAAGACGGCCCCCCGGGAAACGGCACCGAGGGCUUCCCUGGCUUCCCUGGCUAUCCGGGCAGCAGGGGCCCCCCCGGGAUAAACGGCACCAAAGGCUACCCAGGCCUCAAGGGCGACGAGGGAGAAGCCGGAGACCCCGGAGAUGACAACAAUGACAUCUCCCCACCAGGAGUCAAAGGAGCAAAGGGGUACCGGGGCCCCGAAGGUCCCCAGGGACCCCCAGGACACACAGGACCCCCGGGACCAGAUGAAUGUGAGAUCCUGGACAUCAUCAUGAAAAUGUGCUCUUGCUGUGAGUGCAAGUGCGGCCCCAUCGACAUCCUCUUCGUGCUGGACAGCUCCGAGAGCAUCGGCCUGCAGAACUUCGAGAUCGCCAAGGACUUCGUUGUCAAGGUCAUCGACCGGCUGAGUAGGGACGAGCUGGUCAAGUUCGAGCCUGGCCAGUCGCACGUGGGCGUGGUGCAGUACAGCCACAACCAGAUGCAGGAGCACGUGGACCUGAGGGACCCCAACAUCAGGAGCGUCCAGGAGCUCAAGGAAGCCAUCAAGAAGCUGCGGUGGAUGGCGGGCGGCACGUUCACGGGCGAGGCUCUGCAGUACACGCGGAACCAGCUGCUGCCGCCCACCCAGAACAACCGCAUUGCCCUGGUCAUCACGGACGGCCGCUCGGACACCCAGAGGGACACCACCCCGCUCAGCGUGCUCUGUGGCCCGGACAUCCAGGUGGUCUCCGUGGGCAUCAAGGACAUGUUUGGCUACGUCGCGGGCUCUGACCAGCUCAACGUCAUCUCCUGCCAAGGCCUGGGACCCCAGGGCCGGCCGGGCAUCUCUCUGGUCAAGGAGAACUAUGCGGAGCUGCUGGAGGACAAUUUUCUGAAGAACGUCACCACCCAGAUCUGUAUAGACAAGAAGUGUCCAGAUUACACCUGCCCGAUCAUGUUCUCCUCCCCGGCCGACAUCACCAUCCUGCUGGACGGCUCGGCCAGCGUGGGCAGCCACAACUUCGACACCACCAAGCGCUUCGCCAAGCGGCUGGCCGAGCGCUUCCUGACGGCAGGCAGGACGGACCCGGCGCACGACGUGCGGGUGGCGGUGGUGCAGUACAGCGGGCCCGGGCAGCAGCGGCCGGGCCGCGGGGCGCUGCGGUUCCUGCAGAACUACACCGUGCUGGCCAGCACCGUGGACGGCAUGGACUUCUUCAACGACGCCACCGACGUCAACGAUGCCCUGGGCUACGUGACGCGCUUCUACCGCGAGGCCUCGACCCGCGAUGCCAAGAAGAGGCUGCUGCUCUUCUCCGACGGCAACUCGCAGGGCGCCACGGCGGCGGCCAUCGAGAAGGCGGUGCAGGAGGCCCAGCGCGCGGACAUCGAGAUCUUCGUGGUGGUGGUGGGCCGCCAGGUGAACGAGCCCCACGUGCGCGUCCUGGUCACCGGCAAGACGGCCGAGUACGACGUGGCCUUCGGCGAGCGCCACCUGUUCCGCGUGCCCAGCUACCAGGCCCUGCUGCGCGGCGUCUUCUACCAGACGGUGUCCAGGAAGGUGGCGCUGGGCUAGUCCCUCCGCCGACGGCUCGAAGUGGGCGCCACGUGCACGCUCCGACCAACCCGAGGAGCCACCUGCUCAUACAGGGAAGCCUGAGAAGCCCCCGUGUCCCCCGCCCUGUCCCCUCCGUGUUAAGGUCCCCGAAACCCCCCUUCCCUUCCGGGGGGUCGCUGAGCACCGCCUCCCCUCCCGUGUGCCCCUCACAGCGGAGACAAUCCCACGGGACUCUUCAGUUAGCCUUCUUCACGCCCCCGAGGUCUGCCAGCGACCUCGUCGUGUGAGGGCCAGACGGACGGAAGCCAGGGUCCAGGGGAGUUUUCAGCCCUAACCCCUGAGUCUCCCCCUCCCCGCUGCUCGGGGUCAGACCUGGGUUCCCAUGGCCUCGGGCCACGGGGCUCAGCACGGACAGACUCGCACCAGCGUCUCCAGCAAA